CUCGAUCGCUUCUCUGGAAUUGUCAAAAAUGUUUUUUGUGUUUCCCAAUUGAAUUUCGUAGGGCAAAGAGAGACUCAAUCAUGGCGCAAGUAUGUAUGUUGUGUUGCAGCAAAGAAAAAGACGAAUUGGCCUUUGGGGUCACCCAUUAUGAGGACGGUAUGAUGGUGCACCGCAAUUGCCUGUAUCUUAGCUCGAAUCUCAUCCAACGUGGAAACGAUCGCGUUGGCAUCCUGCGCUUCCUCAAGGAAGAUAUCAAGGCGGAGGCCAAACGCUGCAAGAAGUUAGUUUGUUUCUAUUGCCAUCGUCCGGGCGCCAACAUUGGAUGCUGCAAGUCCGGCUGUCGGCGCACAUUCCACACCAAGUGCGGAUUCGACAAUCUCGCCCAGAACCAGUUCUGUGACACGUACAAAUCAUUCUGCCACCAGCAUGUAAAAUACAAUAGCAAUCGUCCGGCAAAGAAUGAGUCCUGCAUCAUUUGCACUGAGCGUCUGAUAGCCAAGGGCGAACGCUUUAACGUAGUGAAAAUGAUCUACUCGCCGUGCUGCCGAAACGGCUGGUAUCACCGAAAAUGCCUGCAGGAGUACGCCAACACCGCAGGCUACUACUUUAAGUGCCCACUGUGCAACAACAAAGAAGUAUUUCACGACGUGGCCUUAAAGGGCAUCUCGGUGCCUAACCAGGAAGCUAGUUGGGAAACCGAGCCGAAUGCCUAUGCCGAGCAGCUUCGUCGGGAGUCGGGCUGCACCGCCCAGGAAUGCAUUGUGCCGCAGGGUCGAAUUGACUCUUCAGGAAACUUACUGUAUUGUAACAACUGUGGUUCCAAUCCGUCGCACAUAAUCUGCACCACCUACAAUAGUGGUACCUACGUUUGCAACGUCUGCUCGAUCGUCUCGCCCAUUCGAGUACAACAAACUGAUUUUGACGAGGAGGAAUCUGACUCCGACGAUACUGAACCUGAGCAGGUCAACCAAGCAAACAGCGUCAUGGGCCUGAACGCCGUUAACAAUACGCACGAUCUUAUCCAUUCCAAAUUGUAUGUUUCUGGCUGGGAUGAUACCGACACCGAAGACGACGAUGACGUGUUUGAUCGCGCGGUCAAACCCAUCGGGCAGACAAGCGCCGACGAGCAGCCCUCUACCUCUGCAGCGGCUAAUCGCAGAUCCACCCGCUUAAUGACAGCUGCGACCAGACAAAUGGACGAGACUCCAGCAGGAUCGAACACCAAGCCAGAAGGCGAAGUUAGAGCCAACCAGGAGAACACAGAUCCAACUAUGAGAGUAGUUGGUUCCGUAUCCGCCACCAACCAGCUUUCCGUGCGCUCAAGGCGCACAAUGCCAGCUAGGAUGAAUGGACAAGAAAGGGACUCCAAAGUCGAGACCGAUAAAGAACAGAAGGAGCGCGAGUCGAGGAGGCGACACUUGUCACCAUUUCUUGAGCCACCAAAUAGGCGGUUCUUAAGGUCCAUUUCGCCAGAAGUCACUCCUAGUCGCCUCAACGGACAACGUACAAGUGCCACCCUGCGUCGCAGGACAAUGGGGACCAGCAGAUUUCCAGUUCGCGGCAACUUGGAUGUGUCAUGCGUGGCUAAUCGGACCCGCAAUCGGCUGCCCCAAUACAAGGAACAUCGUAAGGAUACGGAAUAACCCCCCCUGAGAUCAUAAUCCAUAUUAGAUAAUACCCACAUUCAAUGUACAGCCCAUCAGACCAGGCUAAGGAUCCAAAUGCGUGCGUUCGAUCCUCAGCUGCUUUCACUAUUUUUAACAAAUUCUUUAUGCUAAGUUAUUUUACGACUGUAUGUUGUACAUCCUUAACAUUAAAAACCAGAUCUCCCUUGUUCGGUAAUAUGUUUUUCGCCUUAGUCCUGAAUUCAAAAAUGAGAAACAAACAUAGGAAACCUAAGAAUAUAUCCAAUAAUUUUUAUUUAUUUUCCUAAGUAGCUUUAAAUGCAUACAAUUUUAAUUUUGUACAUAUUUAUUUUCUGCAAAUUUGAGAAAUUGUUUCUAGAAAUUUGAUUCAGUAUUUAUCAGUAGUUAUUUAGUAAUUUAAGUUAUUUUACUGAUGCAAACAAAAUAGACAUUAGAAAAACAUAAACGUCUUCAAUAUCUAAAAAAUAAAUUAAUAUAUGUGAAAAAAAAA